AUGGAGGAGCAACCAGACUUGGCCAUCUCGGUUGAUCUGGGAACCACCUUUACAGGUGUUGCCUGGAUGAGGCGAGGAGCUCCCGUCCAGAUCGUCAGCGACUGGCCCGGUAGCGACGACCGAGGUGACCGCAAGGUUCCAACGACGCUGAUAUACAACGCCGACGGGAGCAUAUCUUCCUGGGGCUUCAUGUGCGCCGACGACGACGACACUUCGCCGACCAAGACACGUCGCGACUUCUUCAAGAUCUUCCUCGAUCCGGAUAUGCUCGCUGGCGCUCAGCAGCAGGGCCUGUCCAACGCGCCUCGCAGCGUCGACGAAGCUCGUCAAUUCGUCAGCGACUACCUUCGAAAGGUAUACUCUCAUCUCAAAGACAGCAUUGAGAUGCGAAUGGGUAUCAAACAUGUUGGCGGUUGGAAGUCAAUGGCUGUGACAUUUCUGUUCAGUGUCCCGACCACUUGGACGAGCAUGGCCAUCGCCAAUGUCUUCAAGGGCGCCAUCCACGACGCCGGCUUCGGUAUCGAAGGCCCGCGACACUCGGCUCUUGUAGAUCUCACAGAAUCCGAAGCCGCAGCCGUUGCGACUCUCAAGGCCGGCGCCAUCGACCUCAAAAUAAACAACAUCUUCCUAACCGUAGACGCAGGUGGUGGAACAACAGACUUGGCCCUCAUGCGCGUCACUUCGACAGAUGCCAGCUUCCCGCAAAUGUCCCCAGUUGCUGCUGUCAGUGGUGUAGGUCUCAGCGGCUGGCUACAAACCCAGACUUCAAACUACCCAUCGACUUUCCGGCACGGAUGGCGCGAAGCCCUGGCUUCAAGAGUGUCAAGCACAAGUUUGGCGAGCGAGUGUAUAUGCAGCAAGUAUACAGGAUACUCAUGGAAGGUGUGGGAUACGACACAAGAAAUCCAGGCCCUGUUUGACGUCCAAAUAGAAGCCAUCACCAGGCGGAUAAGAGACCGGCUCGACUGGCUUGCAGAAAAGGGGCAUAGGGAACAAGUGGAGUAUAUCAUCCUCUCGGGAGGCCUAGGGAGCUCGGCAUACGUACGCGAGAUGCUUCAGCAGCAUCUAACAAGUCUCCAACACCCGAACGCUCGCAACAUUGUUGUAAUUCCCUCACAAGAGCCACAACUCGUCGUCGCCCGCGGCGUUCUAGAGAACAAGAGGCAGAUGAUGGAGUCAGGAAACAAGUCGGUCCUCACAGAUUGGAUUGCCCGCGCAAGUUACGGCGUCAUAGUCCAAGAGGUGUACUCGCCAGCCAAGCACUUUGACGAGGACGUCCGGGUAGAUCCAUUCGAAGCGGGCAAGAAGUGGGCAACGAAUCAGAUCCAGUGGUUGAUCAAGAAGGGGGACAAAGUCAGUCCUGAUGCUCCCAUAGUCCACAGCUUCGAGAUCAGGUUGAAGGAGGGAGAUACGACAAGAGCCUGGGACGCCGAGAUCGUUGUCUCCAACAACGAAUCAGACUGGCUGCCACGAAGCCUCAGGCAAGCCGGUGCAAUGAAGCUCUGCUCAGUAAAGAGUAACCUCGCCGGUAUUCAACAGCACCAGCUCGUUCUCAAGGAGAAGCGAGGAACUUGCUUCCGUCGUGGUGUCAAGUUCUACAUCUGCCGUUUCGACGUCCGUGUCAUCGUAGCCCCAGCAGAUCUCAGGUUCGAGCUAUGGUUUGGCGGUACAAAGUUCUCAGGCAAUCAUCAGCCCAUCGCUGUCCAGUGGAACGCUGCAGGGGAGCAAAUGUCGAGCAGUUGA